UCAAGGAAUUUGAGUCCUGUUUAAAGGGGGAAAGAAGAAAGAAAAAUAAUUGGGGUAAGUCUCCGAGACGGAAGAGUAGAUCGGGGGAAAAGAGAGGGAGAGAGGACAUGGAACAGGAGACUCACCAAAGUCUUUGAAACCGAAAAACCCGUCCAUAAACAGCGUUUUUUAUAGACUGAUUUGAAACUGAAAACUUUGUGCGCCUUUUUCCGCUCCCGUAAACGGAAAGAAGUAUCUAGUGGAAUACAGUAUUUGUUUUAUUUCCCAGCCUUUUAAAUGUAUUUUUCAUGCAGUCGUAAUAGCGAUAAAACGAGAAAGUUUUCCUAAUUUAGGAGCAAUUCAAACUUGUCAGAUUUAAUAUUUGGAUUAAAUUUAAAACGAGUCUGAAUUAUUCUGUCACCAAUUUAUUUUGAUAUAGUCUAGUCAUUAACAAGCAUUCUAAAUUCGUUUGAAUGCUUAGAACAAAUUUUGUUUUAGAGAAAAGGGAAAGAUACUUCGUGAAUAAAUCGUGAAGUGCCGAGAAGAUUACCGAAACGUUGGAUGGAAGCUCGCUAUACCUGUCAAUAAACGUACAGUGCUCAACAGCUGCCGGACUUUAACAAACAAGCUUUUCGCGAUUCAGCUUUGUUUUUCUGUUGGACUUGUGCAGCCUGGCAAUGCGGUGAUACGGACUGGACAGCACUGGUAACUGGUUUAACAGGAUCCUAAAACGCACAUCACACAAGGAGUUCUGAUCGAACAGGACAAUCCAAAAGGAGGAGGAUGAACGGAGUGUCUUGCUACACGCUGUUGCUGACGGUGUUUGUAUACGUUCUCGGGAGCCCAGGGAGCUCCAAGCCUUUGCCGGGGUCACGCUUCAUCGAGGGCCCGGGGAAUGUGACCUCAUCCCUGGGCAAGCCGGUGCUGCUGAGGUGCUCUUUGCAGAGCAGGGAGGGAGAGGAGGACCCGCCAGAUGUGGUGUGGCAGAGGGACGGACAACCUCUGGACUUCGCUGACACCAACCAGAUGCAGGUGUCUGUUAGCGAGGACAACUGGCUGACCAUCAGUGAGCUUAGGAUUGAGGAGGUCCAGCUGUCUGACAUGGGGGGCUAUCGCUGUAUGGUGAUGGAGAGAGGACAGGAGACGGUGUCUCAGGAGGGACACAUCCAGCUGGAGGGUCUCCCUCACUUCUCUGUGGAGCCCCAUGACAUGUCGGUGCCAGCCAAUGGCAGCCUGAGCCUGCAGUGUGUGGCCCACGGGCCUCCAGAGCCUGUUUGGGUCAUCUGGCUGCAGGAUGGCGCCCAGCUCACCAACCUGCAGGACCCAUUGUCCCUGUCACCCUCCACACUCAACAUUACAGGCCUCAACAAGACCAGCACUUUUUCCUGCGAGGCCCAAAAUCGCAAAGGUGUUGCGACAUCAGGCUCAGGGACUGUGACAGUCAUCCCGACAAAGCCACAGAAGGUGCAGGCCAUAGAGGUCAGCAAUGCCAGUCUGCGUAUCACCUGGGAACCUGGGUUUGGAGGAAUGUACCCUGUCACGCUGUGCUCCGUCCAGGCUGCACCCUCUGAUGCUGAGCUCAGCACAGUACCCAGUCACAUGAUCCACAACCAGAAUGUCAAUGUGCCGCCUGCCAGCCACCUGAUACCCAACCUGGAGCCCUUCACUUCUUACAACGUGAGGGUGGCCUGCCACAGCAGCCAGGGUGCCUCCUCCUGGACUCCCUGGGUAAUGAUGCACACUGCUGAAGGAGCCCCAGAUUCCCCACCGGAGAACAUUACUGCAGUUUUGAAUGGGACGGAGGUGACAGUGAGCUGGACAGAGCCGUCGGGAAAACUGAACGGUCAGCUACUGGGAUAUAAACUGGAGUACAGUACCCCCAACAUAACUCAGGUUAUGCUGGAUGUGGGCUUGUCCACAGAGCUGUUCAUCAACCUGUCUGCCCCUGUGUCCAACGUGUCUCUGCGGGUGUGUGCCUACACAGGGGCGGGGCCUGGACCCUGGAGCCACACCCACUUUCUCACACAGCCAGUGGAAGAGCCUCAGUCCAGAGGUCUCUCCUUCCUCCCCGCGUUUUCCUGGCACUGGUGGUACGUGGUCAUGGCGAUCGCCGUUGCCGUGGCAUUGAUGGUGCUGACCGCCGUGUACGUGGCCAGACUGCGGCGCAAGGAGACUCGGUUCGGAGAGGCGUUUCAGCCGAUGAUGGAUGGCGGUGAGUUGGUGGUGAGGUACCGCGCACGACGCUCCUAUAGCCGCCGAUCUACAGAGGCCACAUUGAACAGUCUGGUGAUCAGUGACGAGCUGAAGCAGAUGCUGCAGGAUGUGAUGGUGGACAGACACAAGCUGACCCUGGGCAAGACGCUGGGUGAAGGUGAGUUUGGCUCGGUGAUGGAAGGACUCCUGACCCAGGAAGACUUUGUGCUCAAAGUGGCUGUCAAAACUAUGAAAAUUGCCAUCUGCACUCGCAGUGAGAUGGAGGACUUCCUCCGAGAAGCAGCCUGCAUGAAGGAGUUCGACCACCCCAACGUUAUGAGACUCGUAGGUGUGUGUCUGCAGACGGUGGAGAGCGAGGGCUACCCCUCCCCUGUGGUCAUCCUGCCCUUCAUGAAGCACGGAGACCUGCACAGCUACCUGCUCUACUCCAGGCUGGGCGACUGCCCUCUGUACCUGCCUUCACAGAUGCUGGUCAAGUUCAUGACAGACAUUGCACGGGGCAUGGAGUAUUUAAGCAGCAAGAACUUCAUCCACAGGGACCUGGCAGCCCGAAACUGCAUGCUGAAUGAAAACAUGACAGUGUGUGUGGCUGACUUUGGCCUCUCCAAGAAGAUCUACAACGGAGACUACUACAGGCAGGGCCGCAUCUCCAAGAUGCCGGUCAAAUGGAUCGCCAUUGAGAGCCUCGCAGACAGGGUGUACACCACCAAGAGCGAUGUGUGGUCCUUUGGAGUAACGAUGUGGGAGAUAGCCACUAGGGGGCAGACACCCUAUCCCGGGGUAGAGAACAGCGAGAUCUACGACUACCUUAGACAGGGCAACCGCCUCAAACAGCCGCCCGACUGCCUGGACAGCAUCUACUCCCUAAUGUUCUCCUGCUGGCUGCUGAGCCCUAAGGACAGGCCAGCGUUCGAGACACUGCGCUGUGAGCUGGAGAAGGCCCUGGAGGAGCUGCCCGACUCCUUGGAGGCUGACGAGAUUCUCUAUGUCAACAUGGAGGAACCGGGGUCGGAGAUGGGUGCUGUGGGUGGCCGGGACCCCCCUCCGCCUCCCCCGCCCUUCUCCCUGAAGGCCUUUGACUCAGUGGCCACGGCCGAGGUGCACCACCCUGGCCGCUACGUCCUCUGCCCCCAGCACGAGGUCCAGAGGCCAUUCACGGACUCCCUGGAGAGCCUCAACCUCAUCGCCUCCUCUUCUACCCCCACCCUGCUCCUGCAGCCCUCCCCCUGCUCCACCCCCCUGCCGGAAGACCACACCGAGGACCGGAACAGGGGGUCCAAGAAGGUCCCCUGGCACUGACGGCAUCCCCUCAUCACGGGCUUGAUGCAUAACCGAGGGUGGGGCUAUUGAGCACGGUUCAUCCACUUUGAAAAAGUGCAGGAGGAAGAACUGAACAUCAUUCUGGAGCUCUUCCACACAAAAAUCUCUAGGCUGACUCAGCCGUGAGACUAAGCCCAUUGCAACAUUCUCAUUGAUAAGCCCGUGCGCCCACUCAAAACAACACUCUCACCUAUCACAAUGCUGGACUUGUUCACAUCAGUCUUAAUCGUCCUCAUUGCAAUAGGGUAUUGUCCCUCUUACUCCAUUACAUGCUGUAUCAGUGCAGUGUGGGUAAUGUAAAUUGUUACAAGAAUUGACCAAAUGACCAAAAUAUAUUUACAGACAUUGACAUUCCAGCAUAUAUUUUUCAAUCGAAAAGUGUCACAUUUGUCAUGAUGGCCUGAGCUUUCUUAGCUGGGAUUGGCUGUGACUCCAGUCUUCCAGGCCAGCACAAACAAUAUAAGUGAAGCAGUACCAUACUGCCUACACCAGCCCCAAAGCACACACACUGCCAGCAUGGCACUAGUCUAGAGCACAGUCACUUCAAAACUAGCACAGCCAAUAUCAGUGUGGGGUACUGAAAACCAGUACACCUCAUAUAACUGCAAAAUUAAGCCAAACCCGUGCUACACCCGAUUGGAUCCAGCAUACCAAAGCAGUGCGAGCAGCAUGGGUAAACCCGACGGACAGUGCGUGAUGUCACAGAACCACACCCCACUCUGCAGCCACAACAAAUGAGGCACAGUGAAUGGAUGUACCCAGAACUGAGCUAAAUAAAGCCUGUCUGAGACUGACCUAUCGCAGUGGCGUACAGGUCAUGUUGCCGUGAACACACCCAGUGUUCCCAGUCUGUUCCAGAGCUGAUUCUGCAGCAGAUAUGGAGCUUUCUCACAUCGACUCUCAUUAAAGACUCGAUUUGUGUGCACUCGCUUACUCGUUCUACCGUCAGUGUUUCUAGCAGCUGCGCUGUAGUGAAAGAGGAUGGGUGCGUUACGGUACAACGGAGCAGGCCUGACAUUUAACUCAUCACAGCGCCAAAAUCAGACAUCCUCUGUGUCAAAUCAACAAUGUCUCCAAGGCGGAGCCGAGCAAAAAGACAUGACGUCACAAAGAGAAAAAGGUGGAAAGGUGGAGGGAAGAGAAAGAGACAAGAGGAAAGAAGGACCAAGGAAAGGAAAAUAAGGGAAAGGGGGAAAAGGGAGAGGAAGAGGGGAAACACUUUCAGAUGUUGAAAAACCACCAAGAAGCGGACAGUAUUGGUGAAGGAGCCUUGUGACCGUGCUUCCGAGUCAAGGUCAAAGGCCACCCUCCACUGUUUUGAUUCAGAUUGUAACCAAAGAUAUUGAACCAUGUAUGUUUGGCAUUGAAAAUCCUGACAAUUACAUGGAACAGUACAUUUUGAAAACCCAACCCCUGAAUAACUUCAAUAACAAGCAGAACUGCUUAUCCAGGCUAUCCAGGAAUGUGAAGCGUGUAACCUCUCAGAUUAACGAUCUCUGUUUCAGCUCAGGGUCCAGAGGAAGGCUGUGUUUUGCCGAGGGAGGGGAACUGCACAGCACUGAGGCGCUCACUUCUAGUCAUGUCUGUGACAGCUCUGUAGGCGAACGUAGCAGUUGCAAACCUAAUGCAGUAGCAUUUCGAGAGGGUUAUCCAGGGCUGGUUAAUGUCACACAAAACACUGUUGGUAGCCAACAGAACAGUGACUAAAGCACAGUGUUACUGUUACUAUAGUGUUACUAUUUGUUCAUCUUGUUUUCUACGUAUAACCCUGAAUUUGUAUUUUUGCACUAAUACAAUUUCCCACAUGAAUGAAGUUGUACAGUAUCUACGUGUUCAUACAUAUAUAUUCAUACGCCAUUUGCUUUUCAUGUAGCCGCUUAGGUCUUCUCGCAUUAAUUGUACUGUCGUUUUGUGUUUUUUCCUUUAUGUCAGACAGAAUGUGUACAUUCCACAGCCAAGAGAGGAGAAGCUAAUUGCUAAGGCUUUUAAAACUAAUGUUAUGCUAAUGCUGAAGAUAGCAGAGGAAUACAGCUUGGAGUGGUGACAGGUAAUUAGCAAGGGCUGACCCAAAGGGCCAGGCUAUUUUAAACACACCACACCCCAGAGUCAAACUCUGCAGUUGUCUCUGCCAGCGGUACACUGCCAUGGUUUUUAACAAGCCGAGUCUCCUCUCCCUCUGACAGUCUAAACGGGUUUAUUUAGGCAGGACACUGAGACUGUCCAGUCACUUCUCUGAAUGUGGAGAAGCAGGUUUACAUACAGUGCACCCAAGGAGGUGUAUUCCAGUGGACUGUAGUUUGAGAGAGGGCAGGAAAGAGAGAACAUGCAAUACCACAGGGGGGUGGCAGGGUUUUCUUUCAACCCAAAAUCUGAAAAGAAGACCAUGCUCUGUAUAUUUGCUUGUUUAGCUACUAUUUGCUGGUCUACCUGCAUUUUGCCAAUUAUCUCCUAAAUCACAUUUCCCUACUAACCACUUAUUUGGAGUUAUUAUUUUACAGCCAUCUUUGUGGAUUUACAAUGGACUGGUUAUUAACAACUUUACAAAGAGCAGAAAUACUAAGUGCAAUACACAAUGUGUUCAUUUACAUGUGAAAAACCAAUCCUUGAUGCUUGAGCAGGAAGACCAGCUGCAGUAAAACUACUAUCACACA